CUUGAUGUUUUCCAUUUUAACAUGUCUUGCAAAUCUCUUCGUUGUUCGUGCUCUAAGGAAGGCAUCCUCGAUACCUGCAAAUCUGAAGAAAUUGUUCCUGAGUCUUGCUGUGUCAGAUUUCGCUGUUGGAAUGAUUCCUCAGCUGAUGUUUGGAGUCAUUGUUGCGGUAAUGUUGCACAGAAACGCAAACGGAGAUCAGUCCUUUGACUUGUGUCCAACCAGCUUUAUUUUGCUCUAUUUCUUUUUCUUUCUGUUGGCUUUCGCCUCGUUCAUGACCAUUACAGCCAUCGCUAUGGACAGGUACCUGGCAGUUUCUCUUCAUCUCCGAUAUCAGGAACACGUCACUUCUGACCGAAUAGUGUUAGUGUUGAUAUCUUUAUGGGUAACAAGCGUUGUCACCGCUACACUAUUUGUGUCACUUCCAAACAAAAGUCAUGUGAUGGCCGUGAUUCUUGAAGCUGUUGGAUUUCUUUUGACAACCGUAGCAUACACCAGAAUCUGCAAGGCCGUGAGAUAUCAUCACAAAAGAAUUCAAAGCCAAUCGCGAGAGGGUGGUCAUCGAUUAAAAGUAUUUAUCCGUGAGCAGAGGGCAGCCAUCAAUUCUUUGUUUGUCUAUGUUGUUUUCGUGGCUUGUUACACCCCACAAUUAUGCUGCAUGAUUUUGUUAUUAACUGACAAUACUUCAAUAUCUUAUUUAGCCGCCAAUCAUGGAUCCCUUUUCUUGGUUAUUCUAAAUUCUUUGUUAAACCCAAUGGUUUACUGCUGGCGAUAUAGGGAAAUUCGCGUGCACUUGAUAAACACGAUGAAGAAACUCUUACGCUUGGAUGACUUAGAAUAAUUUUAAUCCACGAGAGAAUCGAAACGCUGAGCAGUCGUCUAACAGUCACAAAGGAGAAGCAACAUUCCAUUUCAGAGUCCAUUAUUUUAUAACAUAUCACUUAUUCCAGAAUUAGCAAAAUUAGAAGAAAGAUAAAGAACUGACUUGAAAUUUUUUUCGCAUAUUUCGCCCUGACGAGCAUAUUAUGGUCAGUUUCUAUUAGGGACUAGACGGCUUUAAAGACAAAUGAACAAACACAUCUCAACUACGUCUGAGCAUUUCUAUGGUGAUAUCGUAUUUCGAGAGCAGCUGAUGUGAAAUCUUUGAGGACACAAAAACCAAUGCAAAAUUUUGUUGAAUUAGCUUCGAUAUGUACCUUUGUACCUUUUUCAAACGCUUCCCUUUAAUCUCUUUCUUUUAUCUUUACUGAAAAAAUGGUUUUACAAAUACAGGAUACUAAGAUAUGAUGUUAAUUUCUCACAUUACAGUACAAAUACUGUAAUGAAACAACAUAUCUUAAAAACUCGGUGACAGACAGAUAAAAAAACUAGGACAUUUUUUUGUCCAAAUUUUAUACUUUUGUACAUUCAUAUCCUUGGAAUCUAUAUAAACCUUGUUCCACCUUCUCGUUGACGAGAACGAAUCGACAGUAGUAGCCAAUCAUUGACAGAGAUCAUUAUUCCGCCGUCUGACUGCGAUGGGUGAUGUUUGGCCUUUGAGAGCGGGAGACCGAAUCUUAAGAAGCUGCUGUCUUUCACUUGAUGCUCAUCAUCAUCAUCAUCACCUUACGCAAUGUCAGGAACAAAUUCAUCAUGGUAAAAAUCGCUUACAGCUACAAAAUUUCCAAGUCGCGCAACAAUGGCCCCUAAAUUAUGGUACUAAAUCGUAAGAUCGACACUUUCAUACGACUUAUUUUCCUCAUUAUAAGGAACACAGCUCGCUCCCCUUCAGAAGCGCUUCGCUUUGGUAUAAACUGGGAAUUCGGCGACUUCAUAACACUUUAUGGGAAUCCUGACGAAAGUUCCGCGGGAAACGUUACUGCCUCGUCUACGAGAAGCUCUUAAUGACGAGCCUUGUCCAUGCUUGAUUGUAAGGUUGACUCCACGCGCGCAGUACUUUUUUAUGUCAUAAAGAAUACACUAACUUUUGGUUCCAAUUGGACCGAGAUGUCGAGGCGUCGUCUUUUUGUUUCUUUCUUGAUGUGUUAAUAGUAAUUUUUGUAGCGAAAAAGUAAUUGUUAAUUUUAGCAUUUUCAUUCUUCACAGAUGAUAUACAGUAGUGAACGUGCUUGAACGUGCUUGGAUAUAAAUUUUAUCUUUGAGAGUAAUGUUGACUGAAUUAUUUCUCACUCGCAUAUCAGCCACUCGUGAGGGAUUCUACAUAUCAAGAAGAAACGAUAAAUCCGUCUCCAUUAGCGGGCAAGUAGAGCUUUGUUCAUCACAUAGCUAUCGUGAAAUACUAAAAUCAAAGACAGUUUGAAAGAGCCAUUCAGAAGGGGUAGAUGUAGUGAUCUGGCAUGCAAAGCUCGGGUAAAUACUUUUCAGUGUUUGACUUGUAGACAAAGUAAGUUUUACCAAUAUUCGCUUUUUCUCUGACAUAAAAUAGUUGAGCCAACUACAGUAAUGUGGAUAAUGUAUUGGAGA